CUUCAGUUUUCAGAGAGAGAGAGUAGAGAGAGAGAGAGAGAGUGGAGAAAUCACGCCGUCGAUCUGUGAGAGGAAAAGGAAAUUAAAAAAAAAGAAAAAAGGAGAUGUGGAUUUUCGGAAGAAAAGGUGCGUCGGGGUAUUCAGCGUGCUCUACGGCGGAGGAAGUUGCACGAGGAAUCGAUGGCUCCGGUCUCACCGCCAUUGUUACAGGAGCAUCAAGUGGAAUUGGGACAGAGACUACACGAGUACUCGCAUCGUGUGGCGUUCAUGUAAUUAUGGCAGUUCGCAAUUUGGAAAGCGGCAAAAAAGUUAAAGAAACAAUUAUCAAAGAGAUCCGUGAUGCGAAGAUUGAUGUUAUGGAACUUGAUCUCGGCUCUUUUGCAUCUGUUAGGAAAUUUGCAUCGGAAUAUAAAUCGUUGGAUCUUCCCUUAAACCUCCUCAUUAAUAAUGCAGGGGUUAUGGCCCCACCUUUUAUGCUCUCGCAAGACAAGAUAGAAUUGCAGUUUGCGACUAACCAUCUAGGGCAUUUUCUUUUGACUAAUCUUCUACUGGAUAACAUGAAAAAGACUGCACAUGAGAGCCAAAUAGAAGGAAGAAUUGUCAAUGUCUCGUCAGAGGGUCAUCGCUAUGUGUAUCGUGAAGGGAUUCGUUUUGACAAAAUCAACGAUAGUUCAAGUUACACUAGUAUAUUCGCUUACGGACAGUCAAAGCUAGCUAACAUAUUGCACGCUAACGAACUCGCGAGGCGCUUUAAGGAAGAAGGGGUUGAAAUAACUGCUAAUUCACUUCAUCCUGGAGCAAUUGCCACCAACCUUCUACGCCAUCAUGGUAUAUUAGAAGGUGUUGUUAACUGGGUCGGAAAAUAUUUCCUCAAAAACAUUCCCCAGGGAGCGGCGACUACAUGUUACGCAGCUUUGCAUCCACAGGUCAAGGGAGUGACGGGUAACUAUUUUGCCGACAGCAAUAUUUCUACGCAGAGUUCGCUCUCGUUAGAUGCAGAGUUGGCUAAGAAACUGUGGGAUUUCAGCUUGGAUUUGACAGAACCCAAGUGUUGAAAUGUUUGUAAAAAAAUUGAUUUCCAUUUAAACAUGUGUGUGAACUUGGAACAUUUGUUAAGACAUUGAAAAAUAUGAUUUUUAGACUGGAUAAUUUACAAUGCAAAUUGGUGACGAGUAUGUUUUACUAACAA